AUGCCCUACUUCCGGACUGUGCGUUCCAGCUUACUUCCGUAUUGUGCGGUCCACAUACAGGAAGUGAGUUUUCAUCGACUGUUGCAGCCACCCAGUGUCCGUGGAGAUCAGGAGGAGGAGUAUAUAGAGGAACACAGGGGUCUGUAUGAGGACGUGAUGAUGGAGAAUCACCGGCCCCUCACAUCACUGGAUGGGCCCAGUAACAGAGAUACCCCAGAGAGAUGUCCCCGUCCUCUGUAUUCCCAGGAUUGUACAGAGGAGAAUCACAGGAUCCCACAGGAGGAUCAGGUAGAACGUCUUUCUCGUAUAAAGGCAGAAGAUAUAGAGGAAGAAGAAGAAACGUAUGUGACUGAUAUUAAGGUAGAAGAUACAGAGGGAGAAGAAGAGACGUAUGUGACUUAUAUGAAGACAGAAGAUAUAGAGGGAGAAGAAGAGACGUAUGUGACUGAUAUAAAGGCAGAAGAUAUAGAGGGAGAAGAAGAGACGUAUGUGACUGAUAUAAAGGCAGAAGAUAUAGAGGGAGAAGAAGAGACGUAUGUGACUGAUAUAAAGGCAGAAGAUAUAGAGGGAGAAGAAGAGACGUAUGUGACUGAUAUAAAGGCAGAAAGUAUAGAGGGAGAAGAAGAAACGUAUGUGAGGGGUGAUCAGCAGUGUAAGGAGGAGGAGAUCCCUACAGAUAUCAGCACAGCAGAUGGACACACAAGCAGGAAUAUCACAGAAGGACAUCUAAUGUUAUCCUCGGAUUGUGAAACAAAAGAUAAUGACAGUAGACCAGAUUCUCCAGGAGAUAACCCCAUUACCCCAAUUAUACAUCCAGCUCUAUCAGCUGAUCCCUCUGAUCCUGGGAAAUGUUCUCCUGAUCACUCUGAUAUUGGUGCAUCUGUUACAGCUCUGACAGUAAAUACAGUGUUUCCCUGUUCUAUAGAUGCCAAAUGUUUUACACAGAACACAAAGCCUAUUAACCCACAGACCGGUAAGGCAGGUGAGAGGCCAUUUCUGUGUUCUGAGUGUGGGAAAUCUUUUGCAUACAAUUCAGUUCUUAUUAGACAUCAGAGAAGUCACACAGGUGAGAAGCCAUUUCCAUGUCCUGAGUGUGGGAAAUGUUUUGCACGCAAAUCAGAUCUUAUUAUACAUCACAGAAGUCACACAGAUGAGAAGCCAUUUCCAUGUUCUGAGUGUGGGAAAUGUUUCACACAGAAAUCAGUUCUUGUUAGACAUCAGAGAAGUCACACAGGUGAGAAGCCAUUUCCAUGUUUUGAGUGUGGGAAAUGUUUUGCAUACAAAUUAGUUCUUAUUAGACAUCAGAGAAGUCACACAGGUGAGAAGCCGUAUUCCUGUUCUGAGUGUGGGAAAUGUUUUUCAUCGAAACCAGAUCUUGUUUGUCAUCAGAGAAGUCACACAGGUGAGAAGCCAUAUUCCUGUUCUGAGUGUGGGAAAUGUUUCGCACAGAACUCAGCUCUUGUUACACAUCAGAGAAGUCACACAGGUGAGAAGCCGUAUUCCUGUUCUGAGUGUGGGAAAUGUUUUAUACAGAAAUCACAUCUUAUUAAACAUGAGAUAAGUCACACAUGCGAGAAGCCAUUUUCUUGCUAUGAGUGUGGGAAAUGUUUUAUCCAGAAAUCACAUCUUAUUAAACAUGAGAGAAGUCACAUAGGCGAGAAGCCAUUUUCUUGCUAUGAGUGUGGGAAAUGUUUUACCUGGAAAUCACAACUUGUUACACAUCAGCGAAGUCACACAGGUGAGAGGCCAUUUCCAUGUUCUGAGUGUGGGAAAUGUUUUGCACACAAAUCAGAUCUUAUUAAACAUGAGAGAAGUCACACAGGUGAGAAGCCAUUUUUUGCUCAGAAUGUGGGAAAUGUUUUACACGGAAAUUAGAUCUUUUUACACAUCAGAGAAGUCAGACGGGAAAAGCCAUUUCCAUGUUCUGAGUGUGCAAAAUGUUUUACAUAGAAAUCACAACUUGUUACACUUCAGCGAAGUCACAGGUGAGAGGCCAUUUCCAUACUCUGAGAAAUAAAUCAGCACAAUAGACAUCACUCAGGUGAGGAACCAUUUUAAUCUUCUGGAGUUUUCUCAUCAAUGCCAUGCGUUGUUCUUCAAGGUUCUUCUAUUUGCUAUGCUUUUUGCAAUAUACAUGUUACCACUGGGUGAAAUAAUCAGAUGUCAUGACCUCAUCUACCACUGCUGUACAGAUGACCUGUCUUUUGCUACAGGUACUGAGAACCCAGUCCCAAUCCUAAAUGGUUGUCUAGGUGAGCUCCAGGUGUGGGUGAUGCCAGUUGGCUGUGACUCAGUCCUGGUGAAACAGGUCCAUAUGGUAGAAGCUCACCAACAAAGGGCAGGGUGACAGCUCAGCUUUGUUACCAACCAUACAAACGCUUGGGGGUUCAGAGUCACAAAAUGCUGAUCAUGUGCGGAAUCUUGGUCUCCUGGAUGGUGGAGUGACACUUAGACAUUAGUAUCUGCCACAAACAGAUCCUCAUCUGAGGAACAUAGCCAGACUCCAGCACUUAUUUCCCUCAGAAGAUCUACCUACAGUCAUACAUGUACUUGUAUCAUCAUACAAAGACUACUGCAAUGUCCUCUACCUGGGUCUCCCAGCAAAAGAAUUGCACCCCUUGUAGCUUGUACAGAAUGCAGCAGCCAGGCUGUUACCUAACCAGCCCGUUCCUGCCACAUAACACCCAUUCUCUGCUCCCUUCACCGGCUGCCUGUAAGAUGGUGACUAUUACAUAAUCUUACUGACUCUCCCAGCCCUACAUGACCAGAGUCCCAAUGUCCAUGGUACCAGAAGCAGCUUCUGCCUCCUUUCUGCCCUGGUUACUUCCACCUGCAGAUGAAGGACUGUUACCAGCAGUACCAAGAAUCCACAAGAAGUUCUGAGAUGUCAGGGGGACACAGGGUGGGUGGCACUAUUGCUGUAGCGGGGGCUGCCAGAGGCACUGUCUAUAGGUAAUAUUGUCCCCAAGCAGUGCUGAGGUGGAAGAGGGGGGG